CGGGCUGGCGGAGGGCCGUCACGCCGCAGGUGGGCAGACAGACGGACGGACGCCCGGGCUGCAUAGAGGCAGCCACAACGCUUCGUAGACGGGCUUUGUAGCAGUGGCCACUGUGGCGGUGAGGAGCGGGGCUCGGCCGACCGGCGGGAUGAGGGGAAAGGCGGGCGGCCCGGUCCUGCCCUGAGCCAGCACUGAAAUAGAUUACUGACCAGAAAAUGGCCCAGCGAAGCCCAAUCUUCCCAACUCUUGCCCCUUCCGAAAGACGGGUUCGAAACAUACCGCUGCAUAGCCAGGCGUUGACAGCAGUCCCGUUGGCAUCGGCAAGCCUGGUAGAUCAGCUAGAAGACAGAAUCCUAAGCCAUGAGAAAACAACAGCGGCUCUUGUGGAACACGCUUUUCGCAUUAAGGAGGACAUUGUUUCCACUCUGCACAGAAUGCAGAACAAAGGGGGUGGUGACCGGUUGGCUAGGCAGCUCUUGGAAGAACAUAUCCGAAACAUAACGGCAAUAGUGAGGCAGCUUAAUCGGGACAUUGAGAUGCUGCAGGAACAAAUACGUGUCAGAGACAAUCUCAGCUAUGGAACAAAUUCUACCCUGAAGAGUCUGGAAAUGCGGCAGCUUUCUGGUUUAGGAGAUCUUCGAGGAAGAGUUGCAAGGUGUGAUGCUGGGUUAGCCAGACUCUCUGCAGAGCACAAAAUUACAUAUGAAAGACUUCAGAGCCUAAGUAAAGACCAACACACCUCCAAGUUGAUCUUAGAAUCUAAAAUCAAAGAGGCAGAAAUACAGAUUUCCCACCUUCUGAGCAGAUUAGAGCAAUCAAUAAUGCAACAAGAAGCAAAGCUGAAGAUUGCCUAUAAAGAGAGCAACCAACAGCUCCAUCUUCUGGAUAUGAAAUUAAAAAAUGCUAUUGAGGAACUCAACAGUCAGAUUUUGUCUGCACGUAGCUGGUUGGAACAAGAACAUGAAAGGACUGAAAAAGAGCUUGUGCAAAAAAUUGACCAACUCUCAUUGACUUUUAAAGAAAACACUGAAAUGAAUGAAAGAGCUAUAGAGAUGAAAUUCAACCAAAUGGCAGAGAAAAUUGACAAAAUCGAAGAAAUGCAGAAGAUAACUAUGGAAGCACAUGAAGCAAAACAGACUGAAGAAAAAAUAAAUAUUCAUAUUGGCAAACUACAAAACGAGAUAAAUGAAGAUAUAAAAGAAAUGAAAGCUGAAGUUAAUGCUGGAUUUGCAGCUAUCUAUGAGAGCAUUGGGUCUCUGCGACAAGUUCUAGAAGCGAAAAUGAAGCUGGACAAAGAUGAACUACAGAAGCAGAUCCACCAAAUGAAGCAGGAGGUUUCAGCAUGGGGAGAGGCUGUACCAUGAGUGCAAGAUUUUGUCUGAGAGAUUAAUGUUUGUUUGGCUAAACAGGCAGCCUAUAAUCUUGUUCCAGUCUGUAAUUCAAGCUAAAUGCACGUGCCAAAUGACAUCCUGCUGUUGCACAGGUCUGUAUGUUCACUGCAAGUGGUAAAUGCAAGCUCUUCAUAGAUUGACUGACAACAAGCUCUUAGAGCCAAGGUCCUGACUUGCCACUGCACUACUCUAGUAGGUCUCAGGAGAUUAAGCAUCGCGUAAAACUGGAGUAAUAUAUUGGUGAAGCUGGCACCUAAUUUGCUAAAAGCAUUCCAGUGCUCCCCAGUUUUGCAGGCUUGAUCAGGCACUCCCCCACACCCCACCUUUUUUCCCCCCCUUGAAAACCCCAAACAAACUUAAAACCAAACCAAAAAUACCAAACAAGUUAAUAUAAUUUGCUUACUAUCAGUUUGACAAGGUUCUCCACCUUGAUGUGAAAUACUUAAUUGAAGUCAUGGACACUUUUACAGUGACUUUCUCUACUGUUGACUUACUGGGGAGACAGAAUUGGCAGUAAAAUGAUCGAUUUUCAAAACCUAGACACCAUCAGAAAAGUCUUUGUUUAGUUCUGCAAAUAUCUACUCUGUGUGUGCCUCUCUGUGUGUGAAGACUAAGUAGUGUUAUAUAAUGUAGCUGUAGACGAAGAUGAUCCAUGAACAAUGUAAAAACCUAAACUCAUGUGGUCUUAAGUAUUGUGACCUUUUAAAAUUAAUAACCAAGCCAAGAUGAGACAAGGUAAAAGAUGUAUAUAAAGCAUUUUAUAACUGGGCAUGUGUUCCUGUGACUUGUUUCAUUAUAUUAGUAAAAACUUUGAAAGGUUUGAAGACAAAAGACAAAGACAAUCUAAUAUAGUCUGGAGAAUGUAAUGUAAAAUAAAACGCAGUUUAAAUUUUUAUUGAACAAUUAACUCUUCCAAUUUAAGUAGACUUUAAUAAUUUAGUAGAUUCAAACUGCUAAUUGCAUUCACAGGAUUUCCAAAUUUUAAUAGUGCUUAUUUCCAUACUACAUAUUAAUCUAGACUGGAAAAUAUAUAU